AUGGUGAGGAUAAUACCAAUGGCGUCAUCGAUUCGCCCUUCGCUCUCUUCGCUCAGGCUCUCUGGGAGCUCCCGCUUUGGCGUCUCCCUCUUCUCUCACAAUCCUUGCCGGAGACUCGCUUCUUUGCAUCUCGGCACUGCUGUUCCACAGUUGCAAUCUUUUGGCCUUAAAGCUACUUACUUGCUACGAGAAAGGGGAAGCAGAAUGGCAGUGAGUGCAGCUGGAAACAUGGCAAAUGCAAGCACUGCUACUACCCAUGAAAAUGUCUUAGAGUGGGUAAAACAAGACAAGAGAAGAAUGCUUCAUGUUGUUUACCGGGUUGGAGACUUAGACAGGACAAUAAAGUUCUAUACUGAAUGCCUAGGGAUGAAGCUUUUGAGAAAACGUGACAUACCUGAGGAAAGAUAUACAAAUGCCUUUCUUGGAUAUGGACCAGAAGAUUCUCACUUUGUUAUUGAGCUUACAUACAAUUAUGGGGUUGACAAAUAUGAUAUUGGAUCUGGUUUUGGCCAUUUUGGGAUUGCUGUUGAGGAUGUUGCGAAGACUGUGGAUCUCGUAAAGGCUAAGGGUGGCAAAGUAACCAGGGAACCUGGUCCUGUCAAAGGUGGCAGUACAGUUAUUGCUUUUAUUGAGGACCCUGAUGGUUACAAAUUUGAACUUUUGGAGAGGGGUCCUACACCUGAGCCACUGUGUCAAGUAAUGCUUCGAGUUGGAGAUCUUGAUCGUGCCAUUAAAUUUUAUGAGAAGGCUUUUGGCAUGGAACUUCUACGCACACGUGAUAAUCCUGAAUACAAGUAUACAAUAGCAAUGAUGGGCUAUGGUCCUGAAGAUAAGAGUUCAGUCAUGGAGUUGACUUAUAAUUAUGGUGUUACAGAAUAUGACAAGGGAAAUGCUUAUGCACAGAUGGCAAUAGGCACUGAUGAUGUUUAUAAAACAGCAGAAGCAAUAAGACUCUGUGGUGGAAAGAUUACCAGGGAACCAGGACCACUACCUGGUAUAAACACUAAAAUAGUAGCUUGUGUUGAUCCUGAUGGUUGGAAAACGGUUUUUGUGGAUAAUGUAGAUUUUGUCAAGGAAUUGGAGUAAAGCUGUCACAAAGUAGAUGUCAUAAAUGAAGACCUUCAUGCCAUGAGCAUUGAAUUCUGAUUUUGUGGAUAGACCGACCAUAGAAACCUGCAACUUUCUUCAACAUUGUAGAUGCAUUAGUUUUUGUAUUAUUACUUGAAACAAUAUUGCUGCCAGUCAAAAGUGUUAUGCACUCAACAACUCAACUUGGAAAGUAGAAUGGCUCUUGAUUACAUUUCCCAUAUUGUAUUAUACCAGCAGUUGAUUGUUCAGUGAAGCUUCCACUAUUCCAGUCCC